CGGCACCAGACUGAAAACUGAAAAAAUAAAAUAAUAGAUUGUUAAAGUAACGCUGCACAGUUGUUAAUAAUUAUUGAUCUCUCUAGCCAACCAAGGUAGUCGUAUUAAGACUCAAAUUUUAGCCGUCUAUAAAGUGGAAAUAAGACAAAUAGAAUGACUAAACGCAACGCAACACAGGCAGCUGAUUCUGCGGAAGAAAAAAAAUCGAAACAGGCAGCCCUAGUACAGACGGAAAGUCAAACCCAGAUAUCAAAACCAGAAUUGUAUACUUCUAUUCCAAAACAACCGAUAAAAAAGAAACCCGGCCAACUAACAAAGAAGCAACUGGAAGAAUUCUUUGAUCGGGGUUUUCUCGUUUUGGAAGAUUUCAUAGAUCACAAAAUAUUGGAUAAUAUAAGAAAUGAUAUAGAAAAACAAGUUGAUGAUCUUGCUGAGAAAUUAUUCAAUGCUGGAAGGAUCAAAAACAAACAUGAAGACAAAGGCCUACUAAACAGGUUGACACAUCUGGAGAAGGAAUACCCAGGAAUUGCGGUCUUGCUACACAAAUCAGAUUACGUAUCACCUGAUUUUCAAAAAUUAUGGUCUUAUGAUAAAUUGUUGAAUGUAGUGGAACAAAUUAUUGGUCCAGAAAUAUCAGGCCACCCUGUAUGGAACUUGAGACCAAAGGUUCCUAACAAUGAACAACUAACAGUACCAUGGCAUCAGGAUAAUGCCUAUUUUGAACCAAGUGCAAUUGGUACAUUUCUUGCAACAGCUUGGAUUCCAUUCGUUGAUGCAAAGAAAGAAAAUGGAUGUCUACAGAUGAUACCGAAAGGACAUCACAAAGGAAUGACUGCCACUCACACAUGCUGUGCAGGCGGUACAUGGUAUGUUGAUUUGUCGCCAGAGGACAUGAAAAGAGAACUUAACCUUGAUGCAAAAGAUGCUGUUACAUGUGAAAUUCCUUAUGGCGGAGUUUUGCUUUUUAGCAAUUGUAUUCCUCAUAGAAGCUUGGAGAAUCUAACUAACAGUAUACGGUGGAGUGUUGACCUGAGAUGGCAACGAACUGGUGAUCCUGUCUCUUCUUUUGGCAACUGCGUAGUGAUGCGAACAGCUGAUAACCCAGAUCUCAAAAUUGAUUGGUCGCCACUGACUGAUGUAAAGGAAGGACGAAAUAAAAAGCAGGAUUUGGCUUUGGGAAAUGACUAUGAUGAAUUUGAACCAGUGAUCAGUGGUCCAUGGAUGACCAGAUGGAAGAUUGUUCAUCAUAACAAACAUACUGCUCAACAUCAAUCGUCUGAAGUUAACGACCCGGAGCAUAAACCAUAGAAGUUCAUAUAAAAAGAUGCAAUUAUUGUAAUUUUGCUUUGAAAAUCAACGUGGCAAUCAUUGCUAUACAAAACGUUUAAUUGAUAUUUUUGUGUUGAUGAAGUUAUUAUCAAAAUCUUUUACUUAUUAAUGUUGUCUCGUAAACUUCUACAUUAUAUUAAUGCUAAUUCAUUAAAAAUUGGAAAUUUUGAUUUAGUUUUUGGUGCAAUUAUGUAAAUUUAAAGUUCUUUUCAAAAAGUUCAAACUAAUUUUGUAAAUGCAACUUUUUGUUAUGUAUAUAUUAAUGUUGCUUGCAGAACUGUAUAAUACAAUAAUUACAAUUGUCUAUCUUCCAAGUCUGUCUUGAAAGUUGAUAUGGAAAUAGAAGCAGCAUAACUUCUUUGAGUUUUUGGUGUUGGGUGUUGGUAAAUAAUUUCUUGUAAUUCUAUAUAUACUU